AUGGCCCUCAUGGCCGCUGUGGGAAAGCAGGGCGUUAUGGCGCAAUCCAGCUGUACCAGCGCCCUUUUGAGUUUAUCUCCGUGUCUGAAUUAUAUCAUGGGAAGUCAGACGACUCCUUCUCAGGGGUGCUGCGACGCCCUGGCUUCUAUUGUGAAGAAUAACGCUCCAUGUCUGUGUCAGCUGCUGACUGGUAAUAAUUCGCUGGGGAUUCCCAUUAAUCAGACUCGAGCUCUCGCUCUGCCCGGCCUAUGCAAAGUCACCACGCCUCCUGUCAGUCGAUGCCAGGAUUCAGGGGCUCCUACAAGUUCCCCUUCUCCAACAGCUUCAGUGCUCCCUCCUACUUCCCCUUCUGCCAACGGUCCUGGCGCUCCAAAAGCACAGGCAUCCCCGAGUUCCAUUCCCACUCAGAACAAUUCAGCUUCGAGCACUUUUGUAUCCCCUGUGCUUAACGUCGUAACAGCAGUGCUAUUAACUGCAGUUGUGAUGUGA